CUGAGCUGGGCAGGUCUGCAUUAAGGAGACUUGGUCCCACUGCCCUGUGGGACAGAGGAGAGGAGAGGCAGAAGGCGGGCCGUGGCAGAUCGAGAAAGGAGCUGCUGGGUGUACAAUGAAAACACUUGUUCUUUUGCUGCUGGUGCUCCUGGACCUGGGGCAGGCCCAAGGGGACAUGCACAGGGUGCCCCUCUGGAAGCAUCAGUCCCUCCGAAAGAAGCUGCGAGCGCGGGGCCAGCUCUCUGAGUUCUGGAAAUCCCAGAGUUUGGACAUGAUCCAGUUCACUGAGUCCUGCACGAUGGAUCAGAGUGUCAACGAGCCCCUCAUCAAUUACCUGGAUAUGGAAUACUUUGGCACCAUCUCCAUUGGCUCCCCACCACAGAACUUCACCGUCAUCUUUGACACCGGCUCCUCCAACCUCUGGGUCCCCUCUGUGUACUGCACCAGCCCAGCCUGUAAGACACACGCCAGGUUCCACCCUUCCUGGUCCAACACGUACAGUGCGACGGGGAGACAUUUCUUCAUUCAGUAUGGGACUGGCAGCUUGUCUGGGGUCAUCGGAGCCGACCACAUCUCCUAUGCACAUUUCCUUUGGGUUUUCUCCUAUCAGGUAGAAGGACUGACUGUGGUCGGCCAGCAGUUUGGGGAGAGUGUCACAGAGCCUGGCCAGACCUUCGUGAAAGCAGAAUUUGAUGGAAUUCUGGGCCUGGGAUACCCCUCCUUGGCUGUUGGAGGGGUUACGCCAGUGUUCGACAACAUGAUGACCCAGAACCUGGUGGAUGUACCCAUGUUUUCUGUCUACAUGAGUAGUGACCCAGAAGGUGGAGCAGGGGGCGAGCUGAUUUUUGGAGGCUAUGACCACUCCCAUUUCUCAGGGAGUCUGAACUGGGUCCCAGUCACCAAGCAAGGCUACUGGCAGAUCACACUGGACACAAUCCAGGUGGGGAGCACCACGAUGUUCUGCUCAGAAGGCUGCCAGGCCAUUGUGGACACAGGAACCUCCCUCCUCACAGGCCCCUCAGGUGACAUCAGGCAGCUGCAGAAGGCCAUUGGGGCCAAGCCCGUGGAUGGAGAAUAUGCUGUGGAGUGUGACAAUCUCAAUGUCAUGCCGGAUGUCAUCUUCACCAUCAAUGGAGUCCCCUACAUCCUUCAACCAACUGCCUACACCCUGGUGGACUUCGUAGACGGAAUGCAGCUCUGCCUCAGUGGCUUUCAAGGUCUCGACAUGCAGCCUCCAUCCGGGCCCCUCUGGAUCCUGGGUGACGUCUUCAUUAGACAGUUUUACUCUGUCUUUGACCGUGGGAACAACCGGGUGGGGCUGGCCCGAGCCGUUCCCUAAAGAGGGGCCUUGGGUCUGUGCCUGCCUAACGCCCCGUGGAAAUCCAGCUGGGCCUGUUAGGUCGGGGCAUUCCUCACACCUGUCACAAAGUCAUUUUUAAAAGAAUGUUUUUGUUCCAAAGCCGCAAGUUGAAUUAGGACCAAACAGAGCGUGAGACCACACGUUGCACACACACACACAUUUACACACGCCCACCGCUUCCACCACCAUCAUGAUAGAAGAAUUAAGUGGACUGUCCAUAUUUCGAUUGCUCUUUGCUGACAUUUUGUUAUGGAAAUCUCCAGGCAUGUAUAGAAGCAGAGCUGACAGGACCAGUAAACCCCUGGGCACAACGAGCCUGCGCGUGGCCAGGGCCCUUCCAGCUGCACCGCCACCCAGCCCUCUCUCCAGCCCCACAGACCCGCAUGAUUUUCACGCUAAUUCUUACUAUCACAUCGUUUAUGAGUAAAGUUCAUAAGAAGGACUGUGAAAAAACACUUCUUUAACUUUUUAAACGUGCAGUUAGUGUUCAAAUGUUCCCUGUUGUCUCGUACAUGUUUGGUCAUGUU